GAUCCACAGAGCUGGCACGCGGUGAGAGGAAGGAGGACGCGCUCAGCAUCACCGCGCUUCACUUUCCGUUCGCUCACUGUUAAAAACAAAGACGACACCAUGUAGAAUCCGCGAGAGCGAUCGGAGCUCCGCGUACACAAAACCUGCAGCCUCUUUCCAGUCGUGUCGUCCCGGAUUCCCUGUCAUCCAUCAGGGUAGUCGUCCGAGGCGGAGCCGCUUCUCAUGGAUCUGCGCUCCUCUCCGGCGCACAGCAGCCGUCUCCGUCUUUAACACAAACUCUCUCUGGGAAGGAGUUUGAAUUUUCUUUGCCUUUCACUUUUAUGGAUGCCAUCUGAUUCUCAAGUGAGACCAGGCUGAAGGUGAGGAAAACUACGUCCGAGACGCUGCUUCACGAUGGCAACGGGAGUAGCAGCAUGGCUGCCGUUUGCCAGGGCAGCAGCGAUUGGCUGGAUGCCUGUUGCCAACUGCCCCAUGCCCGUCGUGCCGAGAGACCACAGUAAGCGGAAGGACGAACUGAUCAUCCUCAAUGUCAGCGGCCGUCGUUUUCAGACAUGGAGGACCACUCUGGACCGUUACCCGGACACCCUGCUGGGCAGCUCUGAGAAGGACUUCUUUUACAAUGAGGAAACCAAAGAGUAUUUCUUUGACCGAGAUCCUGACGCCUUCAGAAGCAUCCUCAACUUCUACAGGACCGGGAAGCUGCACUACCCACGUCAUGAAUGCAUCUUGGCCUACGAUGAGGAGUUGAUCUUCUUCGGCAUCAUCCCUGAAAUUAUCGGUGACUGCUGCUAUGAAGAGUACAAAGAUAGAAAGCGGGAGAAUUUAGAACGGCUGCAGGAUGAUCAAGAGGAGAACAAAGACCUGAAGAUGCCCAACAUGAACUUCAGGGAGACCAUGUGGCGGGCCUUCGAGAACCCCCACACGUCCACCAUGGCCCUGGUGUUCUAUUACGUCACUGGCUUCUUCAUCGCCAUUUCGGUCAUCACUAACGUGGUGGAGACUGUCCCCUGCGGAUCCACCGCCAGCCAGAAAGACAUGCCAUGCGGCGAGCGCUACACGGUGGCGUUCUUCUGCAUGGACACCGCCUGCGUGAUGAUAUUUACAGUGGAGUACCUGAUGCGCUUGUUUGCCGCGCCAAGCCGCUACCGUUUCAUGCGCUCGGUGAUGAGCAUCAUCGACGUAGUGGCCAUCCUGCCCUACUACAUCGGCCUGGUGAUGACCAACAACGAGGACGUGAGCGGCGCCUUCGUGACUCUGCGGGUGUUCCGAGUGUUCCGUAUCUUCAAGUUCUCCCGUCACUCGCAGGGCCUGCGGAUCCUGGGCUACACGCUGAAGAGUUGCGCAUCAGAGUUGGGUUUCCUGCUCUUCUCGCUCACCAUGGCCAUCAUCAUCUUCGCUACUGUCAUGUUCUACGCCGAGAAGGGCUCCAGCUCCAGCAAGUUCACCAGCAUCCCGGCGUCCUUCUGGUACACUAUUGUCACCAUGACUACGCUGGGUUAUGGGGACAUGGUGCCAAAGACGAUUGCCGGGAAGAUAUUCGGAUCAAUCUGCUCUCUGAGUGGCGUGCUGGUGAUCGCUCUGCCUGUCCCUGUCAUUGUUUCCAACUUUAGUCGCAUCUACCACCAAAACCAGAGGGCAGACAAACGACGUGCUCAGAAGAAAGCAAGACUGGCCAGGAUAAGAAUAGCCAAGUCAGGCAGUGCCAACGCCUUCCUCCAGAGCAAACGCAAUGGACUCAUCAACAAACUGAUGGAGUUGACGGGUGCAGAUGAGGAUGAGCAGAAGCUGAUAAAAUCCUCCUCUCUGUUAGCGAGUCAACACCACCACCUACUGCACUGUCUGGAGAAAACCACUGCUCAUGAGUUUGUGGACGAGCAGGUGUAUGAGCAGAACUGUUUAGAAACAGCUCUGCAGAGCUACCCAUCGAGGAGUCCCUCUAUAUCCAGCCAUGACGGCACCGUUGGUCUCUGCUGCAGCCGCAGAGGGAAGCGAGAUGCUCCUCUACCUAAUGCCAGUCUGCCAACACAUCCUGUCUCAACACAGCAAGGUCCACUGGAGGAGCUCAGCGCACUCCACAUACAGCGUGCAGAGCCACCAUCGCACAUUGCCAGUCGUUCCAACCUCAACCUGAAAACCGACGACGGUAGUCGGCUCAAUUGCAAGGGGGGCCGGAUCACCACAGCUAUAAUCAGUCUCCCAACGCCUCCCGCUUUGACCCCAGAUAGUGACGGCUUUCACGGGCAGCACAGAGCUCCCCUGCCUCCAGGUUACCCUGCAGGCCCCAACAUCCAGACCACCACGAGUUCAACCGGCAGCAACAUUGUCAAAGUCUCAGCUCUGUGACUCUGACUGACAGAUGCAACUCCAAUCAUUAGGAGGAAGGAAAUGAGCGGGAGGAGCAGGCGAAGAUAGACAAGUGGUGUCCUGACAGACUGAGGAGGAAAAGCUCUCUCCACCGGGUGACCUUUUAGAGAAAGCAGGUGACACAGGGGCAUUUCUGAAAUAGAGGACUGUAGAUACGUCACACACUUGUCACGCUGUGUUUGUACUGUGGAUAUGGACAGGAAUGCUCCAUUAGUUUGAAAGAUCAGUGCACAUUCUUUGCAGUGAGGAAAAGAUGGAAGCAUGCUGCAGUUCGCAGACAUAUCAGCAGAAGGCGACGGCAAAGCAGAUUUACAGUCACAAUGAACUUGUGAAAAGGAUUCUUUGACUAAAUCUUAUUUGAAGGAAGAUAAAGGAAAGUGCCGACCGUUUUUACUUGAAUAUCAUGGGCCCAGUGUGUUUUAUGUGUUUGUUUUUUGACAAAGAAAAAAUAUGAGAUGAAAUCAAUGUUGGAUUUCUUUACAGCAUUAUUUGAAAACUACGUGAUGCUGCUCAAAUCACACCGCUAAACUGUGCAUGAGUCUGACAAGUUUGGAAAUGUGUUUUGUUUUUAUGUGUAAUUUUGUUUCAUGGCCUCGCAUUCAGAUUAUUUAAAGUUUCUGGGUAAAGAUUUGGAUGUGAUGCUUCACCACUGUCAUAUAGUGAUAGAAUUCUCUGACUGAUGGCCACAGAACAAGUCUGAAAGGGUCACUGGAGGGUAAAUGAUCAUUUAUAUAAAAGCAGCUUUUGUCCAGUGGCUCUACUCAAAAAAAAUCUGAUAGGAAUCCUGAAGGAAAAUCAGAUCUUGAAAAAAUCCAUAUUUUGUUAUUGACCGAUUCAUGUCCUCUGUGUUGGAGUCUGUCUGUAAACGAAGCAAAUGAUGUGGUGUUUUAAAGUUUUUCAAUAUUCUUAUCUUGUAUGAUACCUGAGUUUAGUUUCACUAUUUUGUGUCUCUUAUUCUAAAAUGUCAUUGAGAAUCUGAUUUUUCACUGCUGAUUACAGUAUGUAUUAGCAAUAUAUAUAUAUAUAUAUCAGAAUGAAAUUAACACGUGAAAACAAUAUUCCUACAUCCACUUCUUUAUCUGGAUCUACCCUAAAAGAUAACAGUGUGGCAUACAGAAUGUUUUCAGUGUUUUCUCAGCACUAGUUUUUGAGUAAUGUUCUUAAAGAAAAAUACACCCUUAAAACAGGUAAUACAGUAUUGAUCCAAAUAUAAAACAAAGUUUUUUUUUUUACUUGGAAAUAAUUCUAGGUGUACUUUUAUAAUCAAACUUUUACAUGUCAAUAUAUCCACAACUUUAAGUGGAGCCAAACACCUGUGAAAUGAGUGUGCCACACAGAAAUGAAACACCUGCUCUUCUAGCUUUGUAAGGAAGCCAUAGGAAGAAACCUAAAUAUUGCCAGCGACUGUUGUGUUUAUCACCAUUGUAAGUUUGUUGUUAACCAUUUAUUUUUGUGAUUGAAACAA